AUGCCACUACCACCGAAACGACCUAGUCCUUUUCGCACCAAAGGCACUCUUCCAUAUCAUCCCAACUCCAUGGUCAAUGUUGAUGGGACUGAAAGAAUCUCUCUUGUCCCGGGUGUGCCGUUGCGAUUUCAAACCGUGGUUCAUGAAGCGAUUACUCUUGCCCCUCAUGAGAUCAUGCCAAUGAAAGAAAAAUGCGAAUUGGAAAAGAUAGAGUGUGAUAAAACCAUCACAAUAGGCCGAGAAAAAAUGAAGGAAUAUGAUGCCGCACAAGUCUUUGCUGCAAACGAAAUUAGCCGUCUCGAAACCCAACGUGCGGUAAAGCAUGCAGAAAAGCAGCGUCUCCUCUCGGGAUUGCAGGCUAAACGCCAGCGUCUGAAGAUGGUACAAGCUGCAAAGAAAGCCAACAAGGGGAUUCCAGACAAGCUCAAAACUCUGGACUUUUUGUUGAACCCCGAAACCAUCCCAAAAGAGCAUAAAGGCCUAUCUAGACUACCUUUGCUGAAUGUCAAGGGGGAUUUGAUUUGUGAAAGUGACACUCCUUCCGAUCCCAGAAGUCCCUGGAACGAUCCAAAGUUCAAGACGAAGACGACUUCUGACAUCCGGGAAAUCAUUGACCGGUUUGACCGAUUGAACUUUGAGAGCCAUUUGCACUUCGAUAGGCUUUGUGGGAAACGGUGGUUUUGUGCCAAGUACGGAACAAGCAUUGGACGGGUGAUCGCUAACGCUGAGUUUACCAAAGAAGACCUUAUUCACUAUCUCAAGUUGCUCGUUGGUGAUGCUGAAGAUCCUCUGCUUCAAGCUGAACUUCCUGCUGCCCACGCAGCACCAUCAUCAACCCACUAUUCCAAUCAAGCCGUUGCCCCUCCUCUUAGUCCACAUCAACCAAUCAUUGAGGCCUUGGAACCUGAUGAAGGCAAAAUGGUCAUCUCUUGUACUGAUCUCAACAAUGCCGACGACGUCUACAAAAUCGCCAGCAAACUCGACCCUGAGGAGAAGCAGAAGCUCUUGAAUAGACUCAAAAACGAUAUCGAUGCCACGAUCAUUGCUUCUGCCUCUAUGGAAGUGACCACAGUCGAAAUGAGUCCCGCCUCCUCUGUCACCGAGCAACAAGAGGAUAGUAGCUCGGCGCCAAGAAACUUUGGUGAAACGCCUUCUCACGGUACCAACACUCCAGGUCAACGUGCCUCCCCCACCAACCAGGAAUCGUCGUACGUGUAG